CCGAGAGACAAGGAGCGGGAUUACAAGUCGGUUUCUACUUUUUUUCUCAAAUCUGCAAACACGGCAACACAGGAAAGAAGCCGAGCGGCGGGAAUGAAAUCGGGGCAUUCGGAAGGGGCGCCAACUCCCGCGGAAGGCGCGCAAGGAGGGGAAGAGAGUAGUGGGGGUGGUGCGGGGAAAGGCCUGAACGGCGGUGGAAGCAGUGAUGACGAGGGGGUCGGCAAGCUAGCGGGGGUUGAGGACGGCAAUCUAGAGGCAGCGGACCGAGGAGGAGGAGGAGGAGGAGGAGGGGGAGGAGGUGGAAGGGGUGGGUCUAUCUUGCCCUUGGCAGCGAAUGACCGAGAAGCCUCCGCCGUCCCCGCCUCCCCCGGCGUCUCCGGCGCCAGAGCUGUUGUUGCGCAGGCAACUCCCGUGCGAACAGGAAGAACCUCCCCGGCCGUAGGAGAUCCCCCUCCAGUCCGAUCUGGUGGGCCCAUGUCGUCCCCCGGGAAAGCGCCGCCUGCCGGCGCAAAUGCGCCUGCCCGUGCUCCACCGCCUCCCCGUGGCCCUCCUCUCGCCGACAAGCGCGCUAGUCGCGAGGCUAUCAUCCAGAUGGCCAAGCAGCUCUCCCUGGAAUCUGCCGAUAAGCAGCAGCCCGAACAAUGGGGCCUGCUCACCGCCCUCUCUCCUCUUGCCAAGAAGCAGAGGCAUGGGAUCCAUAUCCAUCUUUAUCGAUCUGAGCACGUCUUCGGGCGUGUAGUGCAGGAUGCCACGUGUCGGAUCCUAUCGGCCAGCGUGAGCGGGCAUCACUUCAAGAUCGCGGCUCAUCCGACGGCAAAAGGGGGCGACAGCGCGGAGAAGGCGGAGAAGGGGGAAGAGGGUCGAGGAGGGGGGUCAUCAGCGGCAGCGGCAGCGGCAGCUGCGGACGAAAGGCAGACGAUGGAGGUAUUCGUCCAGGACAUGAGUUCCAACGGUACCUUCGUCGAUGGGCGGCGGCUGCUGAAGAACGGGCCUUUGGAGAAGAUAGAGCAUGGUGCUAUCCUCUCGCUCGUGGGGCCGGCAGGAGCCGACGGAUCGUUCGCCUAUGUGUUCAGGAGAACGGUCCCAUCUUCUUCUUCACUGCCAGGUAGCAGGAGCGAUGGGGGUGGGGGUGAAGCGGAGGGGGUGGGAAGUGUCGCCGCUCCGUCACCUGCGCAUCUCCCUACCCCAGCAGCAGUACCACCUCCUCUCUCCUCAGGUCGGCCUUUGCCGCAUCAGGUGGGCGACGACUUGCGAGGCGCGCUUGCGCUCGUGUCUUCUUCCAACAAGCGCAAGGGAGCGCCGAGGGAGGAGCAGGAAUCGGGAGGAGAAGACCACCUCCCUCUCCACCCUAACGGCAGCAACAAGCGAAUGCGACCGUCGUCGGCCGCCGCAGCAGUUGCAGGUGCAGAAGCAGCAGCUGGAGGUGGAGGAGGAGGAGGAGGAGGAGAGGAGGGUCCUGUUUACCUGGGUGAUGUGAAGCGGUUGCAGAGAGCGAAUAUGGAGUUGAGGGAGGAGCUUAGGCAGAAGAUGCUAGCGCACGAGGAGCUGAAGAAGGCGAAGAUGGAAGCUGAGCUGGCGCAGGAAGCGCAGCUGAAGGAGCAAAGGGUGGAGAUCGAGAGGAAGUGGUCGAAGAGGGUGGAGGAGGUGGAGAGGGAAUUGGGAGAGAGAGGGGUGGAAGUGGACGCGGCGAGGGCGGAGAUUGCGGAGAAGGAAGCGCAGGUGCAGGAUCUUCAGCAGCGUCUAGAGGCGUCAGCGCGAUCGCGCACCGACGCGGAAGAGGUAAUCGAGUCUCAUCUGGCGCGAAAUAGUCAGCUGGAGACGGAAUUGGAGGAUGAGAGAGCGGCGCGGGCGGCGGAGAGAAGAGAGGCGGAGGAGCUACAGCGGCAAGCGGUGGAGAGAGUGCGCGCCGAGUCCAGCGAAGAGCUGCGGCGGAGAACCGAGGCUUUCGCGCGCCAGCACCAAGAGCAGGCGGAGGAGAUCGGACGGCUGAAAGACUCCAUCAGGGAGCUGCGCGGAUUGAACGACAGCCUGCGAGCGAAGGUGGAGAGGGAGAGGGAGGUCCUCCUCGAGUCGCAGGAGCAGAGCAGGAGGGCGCAGGCGCUGCUGGAUGAAGAGAAGGCGGCGAUGUCGGCGAUGAGAGAGAAGAUGGCGGACACGAGCGCAACCAUAGCCGCGCUGAAUGCCAGGCUAGAGGGAGAGAGUGCAACCUUGGAAGCUUCCAGACAGACCGUGCGGAAAUUGGAGAUCGAUAUCGAGGGACUGAAGCAAAAUUUGGCUCUGAAGCAGCAGAAAUACGACGGCGCCAAGGAGCUCAUCACACUCAGAGAGUCGCAGCUGCGGUCCUUUGAGCAGCUGUCGGUGGAGAUUGCGAUCUUGCAGGCCAAGCAACAAGCACAGCUGGCGAAUAUGCUGAAGGUCACCGACGGCGGGGAUUGGAAGAGCAAUGGGUGGGGAUCGUGUGUGAACAGAGCAGGACGAGAGAGAAGAAGAGGAGGAGGAGAGAGAAGAGGAGGAGGAGGAGGAGAGGGAGACUCAGGAGGGGAGGAAGUAGAGGACUCUGAAGAUGCAUCCGAUGGCUGUAGGCUCUUGAACAGGGAUCGAGGUCAUCAUCAUGAUAUAAGGCUGUCGGGUACAACGGCAACCUCUGGUCUUGCGACGAUUGCCAAUGCGGGUAAGAAGCAUCAAGGGGAGAAAAAAGGGAUUGGGAGGAGGCGGAGGAGGGGGCGCGGAGAGAGGCUCUUCUUGGAGGACGACGGGAGGGAGGGGGAGGAGGAUGUGCAGUCUCUCGCGAAGGCGAGUCUGGGGUUGGCACUAGGAAGGCAACGACGAUCAGCAGGAGGGAGAAGGAGAGGAGGGCUUGUCCAAGACAAGCCUUUUUGGGGGGAGGGGGGGGAGGGGGGGAAGGGGGGAAAGGGUGCGAGCAGUCGUGGAGACUCCUCUGUGAGAGAAGAGGAAGAUGAUGAGGGGGGCGGUGAUGGGGAUCAUCAUAGUUGGGCCGAUACCCAAGAAGGGGAGGAAGGCGAAGACGGACUACAGGUGGUGUCAACUCUGCUGGCCCAUCCUCCCUCUGCGGAGGGGGAGGGGGAAGCUUCCUUGGUCGGUCGCGAUGGAGAUGGAGAUGGAGAUGGGUAUGAAGAUGGCUAUGGAGAUCGAGGAGGAACUCAACAGGUGGGCGUAGGCGAUGAUGGGUGCGCAGACCCUGCGGAAGAAGAGACUCAAGUAGACAGAGAAGAGGGUGACGUGAUGAUGCAGCAUGAAGGGCAAGAGACCGAUCAGGAGGAGACGCAGGGCGGAGAGAAGGAGAACGAAGGGAUGGAGGGGGGUGAGGAUGAGGAUGGUGGAGCGACGCAGGCGUUGGAUAUGGCGGAAGCAAUGGAUAUAGAACUGAGGGCGGAGGAAGGGAGGAGCCUCCUCCAGAGGUGCCGUCGGAGGCGAGGGGAGAGCGGAGGAGGCGAUGAGUCGGGGGAGGAAGCUGCCAUGGGUGUGGGAGAUAAGAAGAGAGAGGGUUCGGAGGAGGAAAGGGGGCCGGCGGUGGGGGACGGAGCGCAGGGAAGCGCAGGGGGAAGAGGGGCGAUGGAACGGGCGGCGGCGGGAGACGGAGGUAGUGGUCCCCACCAUGUGCGCGCAUUGUUCCUAGAUUCCGCCGAGUCUGAUCUGGCAGCCGCGACGCAAGUACUCACGCAGCAGCAGCAGCAAACCUUCACACAGCUGUUGGGGUCCGAUCAGCAGCAGCUUGGCGCGCAGGAGGACGAACCCACCAACCAAUCGCUGCUGCUGGGCAAUGACCAGGGGGGGGCAAGAUGGCGGGGAAUGGGUGAGGACGGCGUCAGCUCGGCGAAGGGAGAGGAGGGAGAGGAGGAGAGCGAAGCGGCAGACGAAGGAGAGGAAGAUGAGGAAGAGGCAGACAGCGAGGAGAACGAGAGGGAGAAAGAGGACAAGAAUGAGGAGGGGGAGGGGAGAAAGGAUGCCAGCCGAACAUCCACUCCUUUGCCUUUCUCAAAGACUAUUUUGUCCGUUACUGCCAGCAAUGCAAAGAACCGUACUCCUGAAAUAGGGGGAAUAGGAGGAGGAGGAGGAGGAGGAGGAGGAGGAGGAGUUGUGGGGAUGGAAGAGACGCAAAGUCCAAUGGCAAUUGACACUGUGGAUGAAUCUGGACGCGCACAUGGGUUAGUUGCGGAUCGGGGACCAGCAUGUGUGCUGGGAGCCGAAGGAUCGCUGAAGGACAGCGAUCGCGUCUCGGAUACGCAGCAGGUUGAGGGUGGGGAUGGAGAAGAGGAGGUGGUGGGUAGUAUGAGGGGAGGCGCACGCGUUAGGUCGACCGCCCUGGCGUUGGGCAGCCGAAUUAUGGUGGGAAGAAAUGGCAGCCAGGGGGGAUGCACCGAACGGUCAUCAGAGCCAGGGAAGACCCAAGGAGUGAGCGGAGAGGGAGUGGGAGGAGUGGGAGGAGUGGGUGGAGUGGGAGGGGGCUCUGUGAUCGCCAUCGCCACGAACGGACACGUGGCUUCGGGAGGUGCUUAUCCAAGAGGAGGUGCAGAUGCGCGUGAAGCGGAGAAAGGAGAGGACAAGGUGGGGAAGAAACGGGAAGAAGAAGGGGAGCGGGAGGAGAAGAAGGGAGAGAGGGAGGGGAGAGAGUUUAGGGGUAGUGGAGAACAUAAGGGAGGGGAGAAGUUGUUUAAAUGGCCUGGGGGGGAUAUCGACGACGAUGAUGAUGACGAGGAAGAUUGCAGCGAUGAGGAUGCUGAUGAAGACAGAAUUGGAGAUAGCCUAGAGGGAGACGAUGGCGAUGGUGAUGACGUCAAAGCUGCGGCUACGAGUGGUGAUGAGGAGGGAGAAGAGGAGAAAAAGGAGGAGCAUGAGGGGGACGAGGAGGAGGAGGAGGAGAGUGCUACUGCUUCCUUAACAAGACGCAGCAAGCUGAACGUUGCGAUAGAGAUAGAGGAAGGCGGCAACAGGGGUCAGGAGCAGCGUCGAUCGACGGCCGAGAUCGGGAGCUCUGAAAUGAACGGUGGUGGUGGUGGGGGUAAUAAUGGUGCUGGAUUGUUGGGGGAAGCAGCGCAUCGGGAUCGCGAUCGCGAUGCUGACGUGUCUGCGGAUAAGGAAAACGCUGGCCAAGGCGAUGAUGGCAGGAACCGCGGGAAUCCCAUCGCCAACAGGAGGAAUACAGAAAACGGGCGUGCCAUUGGGGUUGUCACAAUCGAGGAUGAUGAUGAUGAUGAUGAUGAUGAUGAUGAUGGUGGUGGUGCUGCUGCUGGUAAAGGGGGGAGCAAUAUCCGCAAUCGUGAAGGGGAGAAGAGGAGCGUAACAGCAGGAGGAGGGGGAGGAGGGGAAGGAGGAAAAGCGGGGGGGAAAUCGAGUGCAGCAGCAGCAGCAGCAGGAGGAGGAGGAGGAGGAGGAGGAGGAAAGGCGUUGACGGAAGUGCGACGGCGGGUAGACACGGCGGAAUGUGCAGCUGGGAACAUGAUGACGACAACAAGAGGUGCAACGGCAGGAGUGCCAGGAGUAGGCGGGGAGGGUAGGAGCGGAAGAGGGGGGGAUUCGUCAGAUGAGGGGAGAGCGGCAGAGGCCGCUGCUGGAUCUGGGGGCGCAAAGAUCUGGCGGCUGGCAUCGUCUACUGAGCGGAAUAAGAGCGGUUGCAGCGGUGGUGGCGGGCCAGAGCCUCUGUCAAGCAAAACGGGGGUGUCGGGAUCCGGACCGCCUUCGUCCCCUGACCGUGCCAAGAGCGCCACCAGCGGUCUUCACUCUGUGAGCAGCGGCCAUCACUCUGUCCGUGGAGCAGAGGGUGGUGGUGGCGGAGGAGGAGGAGGAGGAGGAGGAGGACUAUGUAGUCCUUUGCAGGGAGGAGGAGGAGGAUUUGGGAGAAGCAGUAGAGAUCUCGUUCGUAAGGCUGCUGGGAAUGAGCCAGCGAGUGCCCAAGAUCAGAUCGUGGUCGUCGAUCAGAUGAUCCAUAUGCUUAAUCCUGGGGCAUUUGGGAGGAGUGGAGGUGUAGGGGGAGGGGGAGGCGGAGGUGGAGGUGGAGGGAGGGGGAUUUAUGGGAAGGGAGGUAGUAGUGCUGGGGGGUAUGGAGGAAGAGGAACAGUAGGAGCGGCGGCAGCAGCAACCCUUCGAGAAGGUUCUGAAAAUUACCGCAGGUAUUAUGGGAGACGGGGAGGGGGAGGAACAGGGGUGGGGGGAGGGACAUUGGGAGGGGGRGGGGGAGGGAGGAGUGGUGGCAGUGGACUCCAAGUAGGAAGAGGGGGAUACGCUAGGCAGGGAAGUCGUUAGCAAGAGAGAGAAUAACAAAAAAACCACAACUUC